GUUAGAUUUUAUAACCUAUCACAGCUGGCAAUAGCAUAUGGUCGAAGGAAAAAAGGAAUCACUAACAUGUAGAGAGGAUAUUCGUGCAUUUUCAAGUCAUUAAUAUUAAACAGUGAAGAUAACCGAAUGCACUGAUAUGUAUUCAUAAAUGAUAUUGAGACAGGAACAUCAAUGAACAAGAACACAGCUGGGGAUCUUUCUCAGUAUCUCAGAUAAUUUGGGAUUUUCCUCACAGCGUCUAAUGAAACACCAGUAUUUAAAAAUUAGGUGACUCAUGUGUGCAAAUGUUUAACCAAUCAGUGUCAUCUUUUCAUUCAGGAGGAGCAUGACGUAAUCUGCAGGCCUUCCAUACGUCACAUUAUUCAAACAAUGGAAGUUAUGAUUCAACAGCAGCAUUUUUGUCUCUAUGUGUCUCUGAUUUGAUUUUUACAAAUUUACAGUAAUAUGGAGUUGAUCCGAAUUUGGCACAAAGUUUUAGCUCUCUUUUUAACAUUAUUUGCAGUGCCAUACAGAUAAGCACUGUCUGCAGAGAGCCGCAUAAGAGUGUUAUAAAACAGCCAACUAACAAAUUAGAAAUGGAGAAGAAAAGCUGAAGCUUAUUUAAUGAUUUUGCCAGAUGUUCCUCUAAUUUUGUCCACCAGCUUGUCCAUCAUCAUCUCCGGCCUGCAGAUCUCAGACGUUCUCCAGCGAUGAGUGGUUGUGCCUGUCCACCUGCUCCUCCCUCAUCACUUUAUUCUUCUGUGAUAUAACUCUGCAGCCCACUCUGUGUUUUGUUUAUGACACACUUUUAAGAUGACAAGUGUACCCUGACCACUCAGAUUUUCCUAUUAUAUUAUAUAUUGACUGUGUUUGUAUCUCUUGUUGACAGGACUACAUGGCCUUUGAGCACAUAUACAGCCUCUCAUUCAACGGUUUUAAUCUCUAUUCACUUCCCAUCUCCACACCUGCUGUUCUAAUCGAAGCAGAUUGACAGAUCAGAUAGCACACAGGCGGACUGCUGUAUAUAAGAGCAGCACGCUUUAGUCCAGGAGACUGGCUCGGAAUAAUUCACCAAAUACAGCUCGGUUAAUUUUCCCUUUGCAGAUCAUUUAAUACUAGCAGCUUCAAUGUGUAAGGGGCUCUCCUACCUGCCUUCCUCAUGUCUGGAGAAGGCAAAAGAGAUGCGGGUGAAGCUAAGCCACCUGGCUGAGACCCACCACAAGAACAAGACUCAGGAUGGAAGAAUUCUGCAAGACUUGGAAACUCUGCUGAACAGCAAAAGUGGUUUGCAGGCCUUUCGGGCGUUCCUGCGCUCCGAGUUCAGUGAGGAGAACCUUCAGUUCUGGCUGGCUUGCAAGGACUACAGGGUUUCCCCUUCAAACCUGCAGAAGACCAAGGCCUGCAGCAUCUACAGCCAGUUUAUCAACCCUGAUGCCCCACUUGAGGUAAACCUGGAUGCUGAGACCCGGGAGGCUCUGCUGAAUGUGAUGGACUCUCCAUGUCCCAACACAUUCAACAAAGCACAGCAGAGGAUCUACAGUCUGAUGGCCAAGGACUCCUUCCCUCGUUUCCUGCGCUCACAUCACUGCAUGGAGGCUGUUAAGGCUUUUUAAACAUGCUCAGAUUAGUACUAGAGACCUGCUUUAGAAAUAAGUGCUGGUGAAUCUGUACUGCUUCAAUUGUUGAUUGUAUUUUAGCAAUUAAUCUAACAUAUGUGAUCAUGUUAACCAUAAGGUAGUGCUGUCCUUAUAUGCACAGUAUACUAUCAGUAAGCUUUAAGUCUAACGUUGUAACCUCAUAAUUAUCAAACUUAAAUGUAGAUG